AUGAGUCGCCCGACAGAGAACCACGAGCUCACCCAUGUGUCGCCGACCACAAAGGACACCAAGGGUCCGCGAGCGCAGCUCGACGACCUGUCCCAGCGCGAAUAUGACGACCGCGUGCAGCUGAUGCGUCUCGGCAAAAAGUCUGUUCUCAAGCGCAACUUUAGUUUCCUGACCAUUCUCGGCUUCAGCUGCGCCGUCCUCGUCACCUGGGAGGGCACGCUGAUGAGCUUCGCGCCAGGCCUCGCCAACGGCGGCCCGGCCGGCCUCGUCUACGGCUUCCUCUUCGUCUGGGUCGGCAACCUGACCGUCUUCUCGACCCUCUGCGAGCUGGUCUCGAUGGCGCCCACCUCCGGCGGGCAGUACCACUGGGUGUCGAUGAUGGCGCCGCGCUCGUGCGCCAAGUUUCUCAGCUACAUCACCGGCUGGCUGACCGUCGCCGGCUGGCAGGGCACCGCGGCGUCGGGCGCCUACCUGGCCGGGAGCAUGCUGCAGGGGCUCAUCAGCUUCACGAUGCCCCAGUACCACGGCCAGACCUGGCAGGGCACCCUGAUUGUCUGGGCCGUCGUGCUGGUCGCUGUCCUGAUCAACACCGUAGUCAGCUCCCUGCUGCCCAAGAUUGAGGGCAUGAUUCUGGUGCUGCACAUCGUUGGAUUCUUUGGUGUUUUGAUUACCCUGGUGACUUUUGGCGCCCACGGGGAUGCAUCGGAAGUAUUUGCCACCUUUCGCAACGAAGGCGCCUGGCCUACGCAAGGCCUUUCAUUUUUCGUUGGUCUAUUGGGACUCAUCUUUUCUUUUGCCGGUGUCGACUGCUCUUUUCACAUGUGCGAAGAGGUUCAAAAUCCCUCCGUCGCGGUGCCUCGGUCUAUCAUGGGAAGCUUGGUGAUCAACGGUCUUAUGGGCUUGGCCAUGGUCAUUGCCAUGCUCUUUGCUGCCACCGACAUUGACAAAGCGCUCAAGUCCAGCAGUGGCUAUCCGUUCAUCGAAAUCUUCUUCCAAGCAACAGGCUCCAAGGGCGGUACCGCUGUCAUGGCCUCGCUCAUUAUUUUCAUGACCAUCUCGGCUGUCGUUGGCGUGAUUGCCACGACUUCCAGAAUGUUCUGGGCCUUUGCCCGUGAUCGUGCGAUGCCCGCUUGGCGCACACUGUCCAAGGUCGACCCUACUACCCACGUCCCCAUCUGGGCUAUCGGUGUCACGAGUCUGAUCUCGUGCCUUUUGGCCCUCAUCAAUAUUGGGUCCACGGUCGUAUACAAUGCACUCGUCUCUCUGUCCAUUUCUGGACUCUACUCAUCCUACCUAAUCGCCGCCUCUCUUCUUCUGUACCGACGUUGCACCAAUGGCUUCACGCUACCCGAUGCGAGCGCCGAGCCUGCUCUCGCCGAUGCCGACAACGCAGAGGGACUCAUCUGGGGACCGUGGCAUGUACCGGGCAUCUUUGGCAUCGUCAACAACAGUGUUGCUUGUGCCUAUCUGCUCACAAUGUGGUUCUUCAGCUUCUGGCCGCCGGCCCCCGUGUCGGAUGCGAAGGACAUGAACUUUAGUGUCCUGAUGACGGGAGCGGUCGUCAUUUUCAGCGUUGUAUAUUAUCUUGUGUGGGCGAGAAAGGACUACAAGGGACCGAUCCGCGAGAUCUGA